AUGUCAUUUUAUCAGAGCAAUUGCAUCGUUUUGCAAAAAAGGUCUCAGGCUGUCGGUCCCAGGGACGAUGCACAGUCAUAUCUCAUUGCAGGCAUUUCUCGCUCUGCUUCACAGACUCCUGAGUUUGCACAGGCUUUGAUGCAAGUGUUCGAACCUGAGAUGAUAUUUGACUCAUCAACCUUGGAUCAAGACGCUCUAUUCACACUUCUGGAUGCAUCUACAAAUCCCGGUUGUUGA